AUGGCUGAUGAGGAGCGUAUGAAAGAGUUUCAAGAAGCCAACAAGGCGGUGUUUGAUCCUAACACUCGCCAAGUGUGGGAAAAUCAGGUAAAUAAGACAGAAGAUGAUGCUGUGAAACCAGAAGCUGAUGAAGAUGAGGAUGAGGAUGAUGCGGCCACCUCAGGUAUAGUGCCAACGUUACAGAAUAUUGUUGCGACAGUAAAUUUGGGGUGUAGACUGGAUCUGAAAACUGUGGCUCUGCACGCACGUAAUGCCGAGUAUAACCCUAAGCGUUUUGCCGCUGUUAUUAUGCGUAUCAGAGAACCUAAAACUACUGCACUAAUUUUUGCCUCUGGUAAGAUGGUUGUUACUGGUGCUAAGAGUGAAGAUGAUUCUAAACUAGCGAGCAGGAAAUACGCAAGAAUUAUUCAGAAAAUUGGUUUUGCAGCUAAGUUCACCGAUUUCAAGAUUCAAAAUAUAGUCGGCUCCUGUGACGUUAAGUUUCCUAUACGUUUGGAAGGUUUAGCAUUCAGUCACGGUACUUUCUCGUCAUACGAACCAGAAUUGUUCCCGGGUUUGAUUUAUAGAAUGGUGAAACCAAAGAUUGUGUUAUUGAUUUUCGUUUCCGGUAAAAUUGUUUUAACUGGUGCAAAGCAAAGAGAGGAAAUUUAUCAGGCAUUUGAAGCUAUAUACCCGGUGUUGAGUGAAUUCAGAAAGAUGUGA